AGAAGGAAAAAAAAGGGGGGAAGAGGAGGAGGGAGAAAGGGGAGGUGGCUGAGAUUUCCGGUGGAAAGUGGCAUUCCCCUACGCAACUUCAAAACAAUGGCUUCAAGCUGCAACUUCAAGAAGGAACUUAAUAAGGUAUUGUUUGAAGGAGGUUCAUCUUAUAGGGAAGUGAUAUUGAAUAGACCAACCAAGCUAAAUAGCCUCGACUAUGAAGUGAUGUCUCAAAUGCUUAAGAAUUUCAGAGACUUUGAAACGGAUUCCGUUGUCAAAUUUGUAAUUUUGAAGGCAAAUGGGAAAGCAUUUUGUGCAGGAGGAGAUGUCGUUUCACUUGUUAAUUCAGUGUUAGCAGGGCAUUGGAGUUUUGGGGCGAGAUUUUGCAAGAAACAAUUUAAAUUGGACUACUUACUGGCUACAUAUCAAAAACCUUUGCUCCCACUCAUUGAUGGUAUUGUAAUGGGAGGAGGUGCUGGCUUAUGUAUGAACGGAAGGUUUAGGAUUGUCACUGAGAAAGCUUUAUUUGCAAUGCCAGAAGUCUUUAUAGGACAUUUUCCAGACGUGGGAGCUUCACAAUUUCUUUCUAGGCUCCCAGGGCAUUUUGGGGAAUAUUUAGGACUUACUGGAGCCAGAAUAAAUGGAGCAGAAAUGCUUGCAUGUGGCUUGGCAACACAUUUUGUUUUCUCUAAAGAUUUGUCUUCACUAGAAAAUGCACUCAAAACGCUGCCGUCCUCAUCAGAUAUGACUACAAUUUGUCAAAUUAUUAAUAAAUUUGCUCACAAGCCAAAUUUAAAGCAAGACACUAUUUAUCAAACCCAAAGAUUGGAGACUCUUAACGAAUGUUUCUCAAACGACACCGUUGAGGAAAUCUUACUAGCACUUGAAAAUGAGGCGAAAAACAAUGCAGAAACAUGGAUAAGUAAGGCAAUAAAUUCCAUGAAGGCAGUUAGUCCUACUAGCCUCAAGAUUGCACUUAGAUCGAUCAGACAAGGACGUGACCAAAAUUUAAAACAAUGUCUCAUACGUGAAUAUACAAUUUGCUGCAAUAUCUUGCGAGCAACUAUUAGUAAUGACUUUUAUGAGGGUUCAAGAGCUAUGCUAAUUGACAAGGACAAGAAACCAAAGUGGAAACCUUCAAAAUUGGAGCUAGUAAGCGAAGAGAUGGUGGAUCGUUAUUUCACUGGGAUAGAUGGGAAAUAUUUAAAAAUUACUGAUCGAUCUGUGAUGGCCGGCGUAUUGAAGCCCAAACUUUAGUGAAACUUGUUUUUUAUUUUCUUCCUUACAAUUAGAAAUCUGCUUGUGUGUUUCAUAUGGGUAUGAACCACUGGUAUUCUCGAUUUAUUGAACUGAAAUAAAUAGAUCUAUGCAUUUCUUGAGAACAA